GUAGGAUCAAAGUGGAUUAGGUUAGGCAGUCUUGCGCCGCCUGUGCUACCACUGUAUACUACUAUUAGUAGUUAAAGAUUGCCCACAUGCAGUUGCCCUCAUGUCGCUUCUUCCUCAUACCCUCAUAUGUAGGCAUUAGCUAAAUACAUAUCUAUAUACCUACCUACCUACUCUUGCAGCUGCAUUGCUUACAUUGUUGGUUGAGUUUGCUGUUUUACUGCUGCAAUACUACCUCAGUUCUGUUACCUAGUAUAAUCAGCACUCACAGUUUUCAUAUAUAAAUACUAGUCCAGUACUGUUAAUCAAACAACCAACCACGACCACCAAUAACCAACAACCAACAACCAACAAUUAGAACUACCUAGGAACCUUCUCUCUAAUACGUAACAAACGAUGGCCGGGCCCGAUCCCCAAACCGCUGCACAGAUCAAACUUCUAUCGACGCCACCUCCCCCCGGCGCGCCUUACGCUCUGCCUCUUCCUGGCACCGAACGGGAAGGCCGAUCCCCCAUUUAUAGGCAUUGGCGAUUUCAAGACAAGCCUCUAUUAGCAACUUACGCGCCCGAGUUACGCACCUUUCACGAUCUCUUCCAAGAUGCCGUCAAGAGAUAUCCCAAUAACAAAUGCCUGGGGACGCGACCCUGGAACCCCUUAACCAAAGCCUGGGAAGACCACUACGUUUGGCAGACCUAUGCCGAGGUUGCGCUCCGGGGUAAGAAUUUUGGAUCUGGUAUAUACGAGCUUCAUCGCCGUAUUGGAGUUCCGCCUGGCAACCAUGGAGUUGGUAUCUGGAGCCAGAACAGAGCCGAGUGGCAACUCGCAGAUAUCGGAUUCAGUUCGCAGUCGCUAUUUUCCGUCUCCCUCUACGAAUCCUUAGGUCCCGACGCGUCCGAGUACAUCAUCCGACAUGCCGAACUUUCUUGCAUAGUAACCUCACUACCUCACGUCCCCACCCUUUUAAGUAUUGCGGCCCGGAUACCUGCCCUAAAGCUUAUCAUCUGUAUGGAUCCUCUAGAUGCUGGGGAACAGCAAGGGUACUCUAAAUUGGCUCUGUUGAACGGCAUUGCUGCCCAGCAUGGCGUGCAGAUUUGGUCAGUAGAGGAUGUCGAGGCGCUUGGGGCUAAAGCAGUCCAUCCCACGAGACCUCCCCGCCCUGAGGAUAUCCUUACCGUGAACUACACGUCCGGCACCACUGGUGAUCCCAAGGGAGUGGUGCUUACGCACGCAAACUGUGUUGCGGCACUCGCAAGCGCUCGUUCCAGUGGUUCCUAUACCGACAAGGACAUCACGAUAUCUUACCUACCCCUUGCCCACAUAUAUGGGCGUAUGAUUGAUCAAUGCACCGUGGUUUCAGGCGGCGCAGUAGGAUAUUUCCAUGGCAACAUAUUGGAAUUGGUGGACGACUUGAAAUUACUUAGGCCCACGGGCUUUAUUUCGGUCCCCCGUUUGUUCAAUCGAUUCAAUCUAGGUAUUCGAGCCCAGACUGUCAACGCUGAAGGCGUAAAGGGUGCUCUUUCACGAAAGGUUAUAGAGACCAAGAAGGCAAGCAUGAGAUUGCCGCCUGGAAAAGCUACCAACAAGCACUUCCUCUACGACCGUAUAUGGACUCCCAAGGUUCGGGCCGCCAUGGGGUUGGACCGGUGCCGCGCGAUGGUGAGUGGGAGUGCGCAAUUGGACCCUCACGUUCACGAAUUCCUUCGAGCGGCUCUGGGGAAUUUCUUCUCUCAGGGCUAUGGUCUUACCGAGUCAUAUUCUGCGGGGUCAUUCCAGGUUGACGGUGACUACUCGACAGGAAAUAUCGGUGGUCCCAUGCCUGGCGUGGAAAUCUGCUUAGAAUCCCAACCCGAACUUGAGUAUCUUGUGACAGACACGCCCAGGCCGCGAGGAGAGUUGUUAUUGCGAGGUCCAUUUAUCUUCCAGGGGUACCUGAAGAACGAGGAAGAGACCCAAAAAGCUCUAGAGUCGGACGGAUGGUUUCACACGGGUGAUAUCGUCGAGAUUGACGAACUAGGCCGAAUUAGGAUCAUUGAUCGCAAGAAGAACGUGCUCAAGUUGUCUCAAGGAGAGUAUAUUUCUCCCGAACGGCUCGAGAAUGUGUUCAUGGGCAGCUCGAACCUGAUUGCAACAGCUUUCGUCCACGGCGAACCUACCGAGUCAACCUUGGUUGGCGUCUUUGGAGUGGACCCGGCUACAUUCGGACCGUUUGCUAGCAAAGUGUUGAAGAAGACGGUGGCUCCGGAGGAUAUCGAAGCGAUCAAGGUGGCGGCCCGAGAUCCUCGGGUCGUAAAAGCGUUCCUGAAGCAUCUCGAUGGUAUCGCCAAGAAGCACAAGUUCAACGGCUAUGAGAGAGUGCGUAACUGUAUCCUCGACUUUGAACCGUUUACCAUCGAGAAUGAGCUUUUAACUCCAACACUAAAACUAAAACGACCGCAAACAGCGAGGAAGUUUAAGGAUGAUAUCCACCGCUUAUAUGCGGAGAUCAAUGCCGAGACCGAAAACGUGAAGUCGAAGCUGUAACUCUUACCCCGAAAUUCGUAUCAUGAACGAGUUAAUGUAUUUCUUACUUUUGAAUGUAUAAUUUAGAUUUAUAUAAAGAAUAGUUAAGUGAAAUGAAGGAAUUACUCAUUAUUUUGAUUUAUAGAAUUUAUGAAAAGAAAUUUCAUAAUUAAUUCUUUUUUUUUUAAAAAAAAACCCCCC